AUGGAAGAUCAGGAUGGUAUUACCGUCCGUGCUAUGAGGUUGAAGGUGUUGUAUACAUUCGAUGACGAGAACAAAACCAAUUGUCUAGCCCGUUGGCCGCAGCUACUCGAUAUCCAAACAGCUUAUCUCGAUGAAAAUACUCAGAUAGGUGUUAUAGAGCUGAAGACAUGCAUCCAAGCAAUCGUGUCUGCCAGCCCAGAGUUGGUGGCAAAACUCGGCCAGGAUUACACCGUCUACGCUUAUGACUACUCCGAGUAUGAGACGCCUUUGGUUGGGCAAGGUAUGCUGUCGUGGGUUUUGGCGUCUGCAUCCCCUACGCCAAACGCCCCAGCACACCAGUCUAAGACAAUCGUCACCGGGCGUGUGAGCAAAAAUGUUCUCGGGCUCUUUUCCAAAGGGGCACAGGAAACACUCGAAGUCAAGCUCCGGCUCGUUCCUGUUCCUACCGUUAUGCAAAGCGAAUAUCUUGAGAGCAUGCAACGCUACAGAGAACUCAGCAACAUCAUUCCACAGGGGUUUGAUUCCCAGGCGUGGUCAUCGUUUGUUCAGCAAAAUCCUAAUGUUUUCACUCAACGCGCACAAUUGAUGGAGCGCUCAAACUCGUCAUCCAUGGAUCAUUCCGGCAUCGAACGAUUCCAUCAACUUCUUAGCGCAGGAUCGACUCCUCGAGAAUUUCCUUCAACGCAUCCAGAAUCAGCAGCACCCUCCCCUGUGGACCUGGAAAGCCGGUGCGGUACCCCAAUUGGGAUUCAACAGAACAGCCAACAACUACGGCAGAUUCUUCCUAGUCUUGAAAGGAGAGGCAGCGAGACAUCUAUCCGCCCGUUAUCUCGAGGAUCUAUGUACGAGGCCGAUUUUCAGAGACCAUCUGCAGGCGUUCGUCGAAGCUCCUUCUAUUCUGGAUAUGGAAGUGGUGAUGAGACAACGGAGAACCCCCCUCGCAAACGUGCCCGGCUUUUUAGAGCAGACACAACUGGAAAAGAUGACUUGAAUAUCGAAAAGCAGCCAGGUUCCUUGCGUGUGGCUGCAAGCACAGCGGCAUCCGUGCGAAUCCAUCGCCCAACCCCUAUUAAUGCCAGUCAUUCUUCUAUUACCAGAAGUGCCCUGGAAGAACCCGUCCGUCCACCAACCCCAAUUUCACGCGCUUCAAAUGACGCAACCCGACGAAGUCGUCCUCCCCCAAGUCUUCUUCGUGAAUCAUCUACGAACAGCACUGCGACCACAUAUAAAUCACCUUAUCCCGCAUACGACGAUGCUCCUUCAACGGACCUGCCUACUACAUCACCUGAUGAUCAUCGUUACCAGGGUAUCUUUGAAUCUCAAAUCAACAUGCCCUCGUCCCCACCUAUCAUGGACACUGGAUUCCCUAGUCGCUCAAGCCCUGUCCUUCCACCGUUGCCAAUUCCAGAUUCCGGAUUUAUGAGCGCGACACUCGAGGAUCUCAUGGAUGAAGACGGCUGCAUGCGGCCAAAUUUGAAUGAGAGUAACCUCUUAGCCAUGGCUGGGCAAACGGGAGAGAAUCAUCAAAUUUUGACGGGGAAUCAAAACUCGGCAAAUAACAACCAUUUAGUGACUAGACAUCAACACGAUUCUUUUUUAGAGAGUGAUGGCCCGUAUGAAGCAACGCCUAAAGAGGCACCAACUCUUCCGCCUCAACGUGCUUCUACGGCAUCUCGACCUUCUUCCAGGGCAAGCACGAGAGCACCACAGAAGCUUGCGCCUGCACCGAUAUCUCAAAGUGAAAUUGAGCAACUGAUAAAUUCAAUUCCUGCGAGCGACCCUGUUAUGCCACAGCAAGGCUACCUACAGCAUGCACAUACAUGGGCCGGGUCGAUGAGUGACCUACCCAGUGCCGAAACCCCAGCACCGCAGCCUUUUGAAGAUGGUGGAAAGAUACGAAGCGGAGCAGGGGCCAGAAGAGUGAGACAAGUUCAGGCCCGUCUAGAAAACUGCAUUCGAGAGGGUCAGGUCCCACCUUACUGCAACAAUUGCGGUAAUAUUGAGACCCCCACCUGGAGAAGAGCCUGGUCAAAGGACACUGAAGGAAGUGAGCAGGAUGCAAAUGACUGUCUUAAAGACCCUCUGAUACUCUUUUGGACUGCUUUAAAACGGGAUAGUGAUGAGAAGGUUAUCAAAUUCCGGCUCUACAAAAAGACACUGGUGGAUGCAGACAAAGAUUUCGACCAGAUCCUACUCUGCAAUCCUUGUGGUCUUUGGCUGCAGAAGUUUAAAAGCAUGCGUCCUGAGAACAAAUGGAACAAGCAGCCCGCAAAAGACAAACGGAAGCGAUCAUCCCGAAGCCGUAAAGGACCGUUGUCCGGCGGUGUGUUUUCAGCUACUCGAAGCCGAAGUAGGACGCAGAUGUCACUUCCACCUGGAUCUUCCCCAGCCCAUACAGAUGCGUCUUCUCCAGCGGGUGAGAAUGGUUCUACAGCGGGUGAUGAUGGAGUAACCCCGGCUGUGGAGAAUGAUCACGAGAACGACAACAAUGAAAAUGAAGGAGACGAGCAGAACCACCCAGCCAAACGUGCCCGUGCAAGCAGCGCAGAACCAACGCGUACAACAGAUAGCGCUCAAAGCCGGUGGGACGAGAACGCUGCCAUGGAGGCGCUGAGACGCGCGAUUCAGUCAAGUCCAGCUCGCAAUCUUGAUAGUCGAUCAUUGCAGUUGAACGGAGAGAGCCUUACUCCGAAACCGGUUAGAAGGACCUUGUUCCCGAAUGGGAAUGAUGGGCCGUUGAAGAAACUGGGUGAGUCCUUAAUGAACAGUCCACGCCGAAGUCCUCGCGUUGCUUCACGAGGUUCUGAGAAGACAGUAGCAGACAAAGAAAACACUGCAUCUGCUACUGACCGCAACCUGGACGAUCUAUUCAACAGUUCGUCCUUCGACUUUGCCAUACCCACGACGCCGACGCCUAAACGACGAACCCCCCGUUCUGAACGAAGAUUAUCACUACCCGAUUGCUCUCCGAGUGCCAACAGAAAUAAGAACGCCACAUCAGUCCUAUCGUCAAAUACGCAAGAGAUGAACAAGCAUUCGCGUGCCAUAUCUGACAAAUCUCCCCUGGCAGAUGACGCCAUGCAAAACAAGGACAGCUUCGGGGGAGUGGGAGACAUGGUUCUAGACGAUCUGUUCCAGUCAUGGCAAUCUCUACCUCAAUCGGAUGCAUACAACCCAUUCUCCGACUGGUCUCCGACACGUGGAAAUAUCAACACUGGGCUCCAUUUCGGAGAUGACUACAAUGAUGAUGAAGCUAUUAUUAAUGCGAUGCUGUCGGAUCCUGAAUACAAGUCAACCGCAGACUUGAGCUCCGUCUUUCCGCCCCCCACAACUACAUCUACAGUCACAGCUAUCCCGACAUUGGAUACUACUUCCAGCAACGCCCCGGAAAGCAAUUCUCAGGCUGCCGUCCCCUCCGUUUAA